GACAACUGAAUACGUGGUCUCUUUCCUCCAAAAUGAACUCUGGUAUACAAAAUCUUCUCAUCUCCCUCGGGGCCAUGCAGGUGGCCCGCAGGAUACCAUUUGAUGACCCAGAGGUACUCAACUACGUUCGAGUAGGGUACAUUGCAAGCCAGCUCGUCAUACUCGGUGCUUACUUCUAUGUAUCGCACAAGGUCAAGCAGAAGAACGACCAGACUGUCCUCAAGUAUGUUGAGCCGCAAAGCCCUAUGUCACCCGACUCUGGAGGACUCGUCACCACCACUGUAAGAGAUUACGACCUAUCCGAGACGUCGAAACUCCUACGUUCAGCGUACUUUGGUAUCGCUAUGAUGACCUUCUUCCACAUCUACAUGAAGUACACACAGCCUCUUUUCAUCCAAGCUCUCAUGGGCCUCAAGAACCUCUACGACGCCAAGCCAGUGGCUAUCCACAUUCUUGGCAAGCCUGCUGAGGGAGACCUCAAGAGACCAUUCAAAGCUGCAAGCAUGUUUGGAGCUGCUGCUGCUGGACCACAGACGGACAGCGCCGCCAUCGCUGAGGCAGAGAAGAAGAUUGGAGCGAAAAAGGAAGAGUAAGCGAACGCUUGGAUUAGAUACUCUGCUAUCAUGGCUUGAAUUACAUGGAUAUAUCGUGAAUUCAACUGUUUCUGCUGCUCUGAACAUUGCUGUGACUUGUAAACGUUGGAUGACCCGUACAAAAGAUGCUCAUACCAACGGACUCUGUAACUCUGCACUGCUCUAACUUUUACAGAGCAACUGCCGGUAAACGAAUGAAAUCUAGUGUAUUAUGCUAUGCAGCCUGAGAAAGCACAAAUGCCACGGCAUCUAGUCCAAGUUGUACCCAACAAGACUCCUCCGACCGAGAAUCUCCCCAAUCUUUGAAUAUACCAUACGCCUCUACAGCAUAAAUGCCUACAUUUGCCCACUCCCCGGUGCGCAUGAUUUCUCGCCAGUAUGCUGGGUUCUUGGCACGUCCCCACAUUGUCGAAUACGCGUCCGUGAUAGUGUGAAGAGAGGUAGGAGGUUGUAGGCGUUCAGCAAUGUAAACUUGUUUUAACAACUCCCGAGCCACAGUAUAGUUAUACGUGAUAGGCUGACGAUAUGACCCGAGCAUCGUGCCAGCUCUUUCACCGAGAGGACCUAGGAGCUUCUUGGUGGUCUCCCAGAGCUUCUCCGCAUUUUUCUGUGCACUCCCUAGCGCAUCCUGGGCUUUCUUUUGUGCGUUCUCCGUGCUCGUGCUGGCGAACCGCUGAGAGUGUGCAGGAAGCCGACGAGGACGUAGGGCCUGACGGAAAGCAGAGGUAGACACCGCAGAACGCAUUACAGGGAACGGCCGAUACGAUAUGAAAGGGGACAGAAAGAAAUAUUGU